CCAGCAGAGCCGAGCGCUGUACUAGCAGCAGCUGCAGCGCCACCGCCGCCUUGGCUGGGCACCCGCUCCCUCCCGGCCCGGCCCGGCGCGGCCCCGCCGACUGGCACUGGCCCGCGGCAGCCGGCCCUCGCCUCGCCUAGCCGUGGCCGUGCCCGCGCCGCGCAGGGCGGCGGGAUCCUGGGGUCCUUCCUGCAUGCCCGCUCAGCCCCGGGUCUAGGCAUGUCUGCGGCGCUGCUGUCCGCCUUCUACGACAUCGACUUCUUGUACAAGCAGACGGAGAAGUCGCUGAGCAGCAUGCUGGACAAGAAGGCGGUGGGGACGCCCGUGGCGACGCCGGGCUCCAGCUUCGCGCCGGGCUUCCUGCGGCGGCACUCUACCAGCAACCUGCCGGCCCUGGCCGCGCCGUCCUCCAAGUUCCCCGGCUCGUCGGGCUCCAGCUCGCCGUCCUCCUCCUCGUCCUCGUCGUCCUUCGGCAGCCUGAAGGAGGCGGGCUCGGGCGGCGGGAGCCCCACGGCGCUACUCAACAAGGAGAACAAGUUUCGGGACCGCUCGUUCAGCGAGACGGGCGAGCGCAGCCAGCACCUCAUGCAGCAGCUCCAGCAGCAGCAGCAGGGCGGGAAGGGGGGCGGGGGGGCGCCCAUCAACUCCACGCGCUACAAGACGGAGCUGUGCCGCCCCUUCGAGGAGAGCGGCGCCUGCAAGUACGGCGAGAAGUGCCAGUUCGCGCACGGCUUCCACGAGCUGCGCAGCCUCACGCGCCACCCCAAGUACAAGACGGAGCUGUGCCGCACCUUCCACACCAUCGGCUUCUGUCCCUACGGCCCACGCUGCCACUUCAUCCACAACGCGGACGAGCGCCGCCCCGCGCCGCAGCCCGCGCCCCCCGCCAACGCCGCCCAGCCGCCCGCCCAGUCCGGCAGCGGCAGCACGGGCGACCUGCGCGCAGCCUUCGCUCCCCGCGACCCUGCCGCCAGCGCCGCUUCCUUCCCGCGCGGCGCCGAGCGGCCCAAGCUGCACCACAGCCUCAGCUUCUCCGGCUUCUCGGCGCCGCACCACCACCACCACCACCAGCAGCAGCAGCCGGCGGGGCCGCCGCCCGCGGGCAACGGGCUGCUGGAGGGGUCGCGCACGCCGCCGCCCGCCUACUGUGAGGAGCUGCUGCCGCCCGCCUGCGCCAACAACGCCUUCGCCUUCUCGGGCCAGGAGCUGGGCAGCCUCAUCGCGCCGCUGGCGCUGCACACGCACAACUUCGCGGCGGCGGUGGCGGCCGCCGCCUACUACCGCUGCCAGCACCAAGCCGCGCCGCCGCCGCCGCCUCCCCCCGGGCCCGCGGGCAGCUGCCCAUGCCCGGCGCCGCCCGCCUCGCCGCCCUUCAGCUUCCAGCCGCUGCGCCGCCGCCUGCCCGACUCGCCCGUCUUCGACGCGCCGCCCAGCCCCCCGGACUCGCUCGGCUCCGACCGCGACAGCUACCUGAGCGGCUCGCUCAGCUCCGGCAGCCUCAGCGGCUCCGAGUCGCCCAGCCUGGACUCCGGCAGGCGCCUGCCCAUCUUCAGCCGCCUCUCUAUCUCCGACGACUGAGGGGCAGGGCAGGGCAGGCGGCGCCCAGCCGCCGCCGCCGCCUCCUCGCGGACUGCCGCCACCGCCUCCCGGGAACCAGCCAAGCUCGCACACGCGGUCCCUCUGGGCUCUGAAGGGGAGGGGGGGUGUUUUCUCUAAUCUCUCUCCUGGUGUUUUUUGUUUGUUUUUUUUUGUUGUUUGUUUCUUCUUUGCUUCAGGGUGUUUCUCAUUUUUCUCUCUUCGCCUCCCCCCCUUUUCUAGUUUAAUUGCUGAGCAACUAAAUUAAAAAGCAGCGGGGUGGAAGAGAAGGCGGGAGGGCGGGGAAACCAACCCACGUUUUAUGUCGCGAGACGAACAAAAACUUCAGUCUUUUUUUGCUUUUUGCUUUUCCUCUGCAAAAGGGUGAAACGGUGAGGCGCACAGAACAAACCUACUUUUUUUUAGAGAGAGACCUUGGAAGAAGGGGAUUGUCUUUUUUUUUUUUUUUUUGUUUCUUUGUUGUUCCUCUUGGAGACUAAGCACCAGCAGCAGCCAUUCCAUCUCUGUGUUCCUGUUUUUGUUUUGUUCUUUUACAAGAAGCAUUAGCAGAAGGGAGGGGGGGAAAGACGCCCCCAGAAAGCAACAAACAAUCCAGAGGGGCCUGAACUCUGCCUUUCCAGCUCCUCCAAUUUUUUUUAUACAUGGGAGGGGGGGGGGAACAAUUGAUUAUUAAGUGGGGGGGGGAGGAGUUGUUUGGGGUUGUUUUUUCUUCCUUUCUGGCCUUUCAGUCCAGUUCAAAAUUAAAACACACAACAUAUGAAAUGUAUAAGCUUUUAAAAGAAGAAUCCAACAUCCUGCCAAGAAUAUGCCUUGAUAACAACCCUUUUUUAUAUAUAUAAAUAUAUCUAUAUAUAUCUAUAUAUAUUAUAACAAAUGCUAAAACUUUUCAUUCCAAAGUUUAAUAUUGGUUCCAUUGCCACCACUUAGUGGACGUUUGGCUUAGAACAAUUUGUGUUGUUGUUGUUUGCUUUAUUUGGAAGCACUCAACCGAGCUUUGUCAUUGUUGGAGAAUAACUGCUGAUUUUUUUUGUUUGUUUUUUAAUUUUUUUAGCUGUUUUUUGAGUUGAACUGCAUGAGUCACUGCACACAACUCAAUAUGAAACUAUUUAACUUAUUUAUUAUCUUGUGAAAAGUAUACAUUGGUAAUUUGUUCAUACUGUAUUUAUCGGGUAUGAUGAAAAGCAAUAGAUAUAUAUUCUUUUAUUAUGUUUAAAUUAUGAUUGCCAUUAUUAAUCGGCGAAAUGUGGAGUGUGUGUUCUUUUCACAGUAAUAUAUGCCUUUUUGUAACUUCACUUGGUUAUUUUAUUGUAAAUGAGUAAAAUCUUAAUUUAAGAGAUUGUAUGUAAUAUUUAUUUCAUUAAUUUCUUUCCUUGUUUACGAAAAUUUUUGAAAGAUUGCAUGGUUUCUUGAUAGAAAUCGGUCUCGAUGCUGUGGAAGUAGUUUGAGGAUUUUUUUUUUUCUAUGGGUUUUCUAGAAUGUAAAAUGGUUGUAGCCCGUCCAAGUUUGUUUAUUUGUUUGUUGUUUUUAAUGAAAACAGAACUACUUUGCAAUCAGACUUCAAAGUGGCAAAUGUAAAUCAAACUCGUUUGAAAUUUAACCAAAAAAGUAUUUUUGUUGCCUAACUCCACCAAUCACACUGUGAUAAUAGUCUCAAAGUAUGUAGCAAUAAUUGGGGGUCCCAGUAUUAUAUCUCACAGUGCCUUCUCAAGGGUCCACGCUUGCCUUAAAUCUUCCUCAACCAAAAAAGUAUUUUUUCUUAAUGCUUGACAUGAUAAUUUGAAUGUAGGGAUGGGUUUUAACUACAACAAUUUCACCACUUUUUAAAUAAGCAAGGAGGCCAGGCCACCUUUGGAUCUGAAACUUUAUACAGUACGUGAACAUAUCUUGUUGAAUUAAAUUCCAAAACUUUGUAAUUAUUACUAUUUUUUUUUCCUUGUGUAGAAAGUCCGGGGGGUGGGAGGGGGAGGGGAGGGUUCCAAAACUUUCCUGGACGGUGGAUGAAUGAGCAGUAGCUUAGCUUUUUGUUUUGUACAUAGGUACAGAUUGAGCACUAUGUACUUUUUUUUUUUUUUUUUUUUUUGACUACUUUAACAGAAAUAUGCUUUGAAUGUAACUAAAGGAUAAGUCAACUUGAGUUGUAAUAUAUUUUCGGGAGUCAGUUCACUACAAAUUGAGUGUGAGACUGUAAACUUUGUACUGUAAAUGUUUUGUAGUUCUCCCAAUAAAAAUUUUUGGAAAAAAAAAAAUCUAUUGAGA